AUGGAGUCUUUGGUGGGCAUUCAGGAAGCCAGCAAUGGUAUCCAGGGCAGUUCUGAACAGCCACCAGACCUGGAGGCCAAAUCGAGGCGGACAAUGGAAGGAGAGGAUCUUAACUGGCGGCGUGUCAACGGAAGGGGACACCUUAGCCCUCAAGAGCAGCCAAGAUCCUUGCGCAAACGGACCGACCUCUUACACCCCGAACAGCCCGCGGCUUCAGGCCCUGCCGAAAACUCCCGGGGAAACGAACCCGCUUCAGGUGUGCUUGGUUUCCGUCAGCACCUACAGGCGUCUCAGGGCGGUAGUGAUGAGAGCUUAGCUCUUAGGAAGGACACCCUGCAGUCUCUCAAACUAAGCCUCCCUUUGCAAGAAACUGAAUUGUGCUCAGCCGGCUCUCUCCCGCUGGAGAAGGAAGAACUUAUCCGUCUUCAGGCCCGCAAGCGCUUGGAAGAGCAGCUCAAGCAGUAUCGCGUCAAGAGGCAUCAGGAGAGAGUAACUAUUACUGCUAAAAGCCGCCCCUCCAGCACUCUGGAUCCUGAGCUGAUGUGGAAUCCGGAGCUCUUACCGAGGGCCACCGUGACGAUGACCAAAGAGUACUCCUUUCUGCGAACCAGUGUUCCUCGAGGCCCGAAAGUGGGGAGCUUGGGCCUCCCAGCUUCCUUGAAAGAGAAAAAAAGUUCCAAAUCUUCCCGAACAAGCCGGAUUCGGUCGCUGGCAGAUUACCGAACGGAAAACCCAGACGGGAGUGCCAGUGGGGCCGUCCCGGUGGCCGAUUCCUCGGGCGGCUCUCUGAAACAGAACUCAAACAGUCUGACCUCAGUUGUGUCCUCCAUCAGUCACCCCGAUUCAGACGACCGCCUGGAAGCUUCAUCCUUGGCGGGAGACAGCGUGUCAGAAAUGGACGGCAGCGAAGCAGGAAUGAGGCUGGAUGGCAAUGAAAGUGACAGCUCGACCUACAGUAGCGUGUCAGGAAGAGGUCUCACUUCCUCCAGCCCCAAAAGCAAACAGGGGAUGGCUUUCACCAUCAACGGGCAGGAGGUCCCGUUGGAUGCUGUUGGACAGUUUCCUUCCAUCAGGGAGGUACUCCAAGCUGCGGCAACAGAGCAGCGGGCUCAGGACCUGGAAGUCAACGGGGAGCCCAGAAGUCGGCGGGACAGUAUUUCUAGCAGCAUAUCCUUGGAAAGUUCAGUCGCAGGGACUCACGAUGAGCUGCUCCAAGUCCUCAAAGAGAAGAUGAGGCUCGAAGGACAAUUGGAGGCACUGUCAUUAGAAGCCAACGAGGCCCUCAAAGAAAAAACAGAAUUGCAGACCCAGCUGGCUGCGGUCCAGGUGAAGCUCCAAAUCCACAUGGAGCAUUCACAGACCAGCCAGCAGAAGCAGGACUCCCUGAAUUCAGAGGUGGCUAACUUGAAGCAGUCCUGCUGGGACCUAGAACGUGCCAUGGCUGAGCUACAAACCACCUUGGAGGCCAAGAACGCUGGCUUGGUUGCUUCCCAUAAUGACCUGCAGUUGGCAGAAGAACAGUACCAGAGACUGAUGGGGAAGGUGGAAGACCUGCAGAAAAAUGUCCUCGGCAAGGACAGCAUGGUUCAUGAUCUCCGGCAGCAGCUCUCCUCAUUACAAAGCCAACUCCAGCAGGUCGAGCUGGACCGUGCGUCUUUGACCGGUAAGCUGAAGUCAUCACAGGCAGAGAUUGCAUCCCUGCAGAAAGUCCGGCAUUGGUACCAACAACAGUUGGCUGUUGCUCAACAAGCAGAAUUCAGAGCUGUCCUUUCUCUCCUUUCUCCUCAAGGCUGGACAAUGACUCAAGUUGGCAUGCUGGAACAUUUGAUAGAGAACGUAACACUGUCUCAUCAACUAAGGGAGACGCAACACAGAUCGAUCAGAGAGAAGGAACGCAUUGCUGCGCAGCUGCAAAACAUUGAGGCUGACAUGUUAGACCAGGAAGCGGCCUUUCUGCAGAUCCAGGAGGCUAAGAGUAGGGAAGAGGACUUGCAGAGGAAACUGGAGGACUUUGAGGACGAGAAAGAACAGCUUCAGAAGAUGGCUGAUUCGGCAGUAGCUCUGGACCAGGAACUCGACAAGGUCAAACUAACGCUCCAACAGCGAGACGCCCAGGUGGAGGCUUUGCAGCAGGAGCAGCUGGAUCUCAUGAGGCAAUUGACCUCCACCCAAGAGGCGUUAGAGACCCGAGACCAAACCAUGGAGGAGCUUCAGGUGCGCUACGAUGAAGUGGAGGCCAAGCUGGCUGAAUUGCAAGAAGAGGACACCUCGAAGGACGACACCAUCCGGUAUUUGCAAAACGAGAAGAUCGUCUUAGAGGUCGCCCUGCAGGUGGCGAAGGCGGGACAAGAAGGACUGGAAGAAUCCGUCCAGCAUUUGGGAGGCCACACCGAAGCGGCCUCAGAUGUCUUAGAGCAGCUCAAGCAAGACAUUGCCAUCAAAUCAAGUCAGGUGGAAAACUUGCAACAGGAAAGUACAAACCUGAAGAAGCAAACUCAGAUGAAGGAACAAUAUCUCCAACAGAAGGUGAUGGUGGAAGCCUACCGCCGAGAUGCCCUGUCCAAAGACCAGCUCAUCCGCGAACUGAAGUCCACCAAGAAAAAGUUGGACACUGAAAUCAAAGAGCUGAAGCAGCAAUUCCUUCAGCUGCAGGGUGAGAAGAAAUCCACGGAGCUGGAGAUCAAGCUAGCAAAGGAACUGUUGGAAAUUCAGCAGCAGAUGGAGGAAUUGGAGAGCCAACUCCAGCUGGCUCAGAAAGAACGAAACAACAUGGAGACAGAGCUACAGUCUUUGCGGUUUGACCAAGGACAGAUGUCAGCUCUUGUCAAAAUCAACGAAGACUUAAAACGACAAGUUGAUGAAAUGCAACAAGAAACCAAGAUGACCAUUACUGAACAGAAGCAGAAAAUGAAGAGGUUGGGCUGCGAUCUGACCACGGCGCAGAAGGAGAUGAAGGCCAAGCACAAAGCGUAUGAGAAUGCCGUUGGCGUCCUCAGCCGGCGCCUUCAGGAGGCCCUUGCAGCCAAGGAGUCGUCUGAAGCUGCUAAUGAACUCAAGGCCCAGUUUCUCGAGAGGUGAAAUAACCACGCUAGCCUGGAAAGGAUCCGGACUCUGGAGGCGGUGCAGUCCCUAACUCACAGUAAGAUGGUUCUGGAGAAGGAGCUUCAGGAAGUCAUUCGCUCACCAGCCACUGAACUGGAGGAAUACCGAGAAAAAGUCCUUGAGCUGAAGAUGAGGCUUCAGGAGAAGAUCAAGCGCCUGGAAGAGGCCAACAAGAAGCUUUCGCUGGAACUCGAACACGAGCGGGGAAAGCUCACUGGCCUUGGCCAGUCCAACGCAGCUCUGAGAGAGCACAACCGCAUCCUGGAAGCAGCUCUGGCCAAGAGAGAGGCGGAUUUGGUGCAAUUGAAUCUCCAGGUAGAAGGCGGUUUGAGGAGCAAAGAAGAAGAAGAUCAAAAGAUGAAGCAGCUGAUUCAGACUUUGCAAAUGGCUUUGAAGAUGGAAAAAGCCAACGUCCUCAGUCUCAAGGAACAGGUUACGACGACGAAAGCGGAGUCCGCGCACAACCACCGGCAUUAUAAAGCUGCCGCCCUGGAACUCGGCGAGGUCAAACGAGAGUCCAAGACAAAGAAGUCCUGAUUGGGGGCUCUCCAGGCUGAAGUCGACAAGUUGCAGGCAGAAGAUGGAAAGCAUUCCGAGGAAGUCUCUCAGAUCCAGCAAGUAGUCGAUGCUCGGUCCCAGCUUCAGCUUCUGCAGAAGCAGCUGGAUGAUCAACUUGACAAGCAACCGGUAGAAAACCAAGAGGUGAAAUCUCGGAACCUCAAAUGGGAAGUGGAACAGAAGGAGAGGGAGCUCCAAGCUCUGAAGCAACAGCUGGAUUUGACCGAGCAUCGCAGUCAGAAGAGUUGGGAAGGCAUGCAGUUGGUUCUCCAGAACCUCAAGACGGAACUGGAGGUGGUGCGGGACGCUUCCAUAACUCAGAAAGAUAAAUUCAUGCUCCAGGCGAUGUCUGAACUGAAGAACAGCAUCAAGACCCUGCUCCAACAGAACCAGCAGCUGAAGCUGGAUUUGAAACAGGGGAAAAUGAAAAAGAAGAAACUCAAGGGGGAGACAGAUUCAAAUCCAGAGACCCCGGUGAAGAUUCCCGAUUGUCCUGUCCCUCCUGCUUUGCUAGAAGAGGUGAUGAAACCCCAUCAGUUGAGUAAAGAGCCACUGAGGAACCUCAACAGCUGCCUCCAGCAACUCCGGCAAGAGAUGGACAGCCUGCAGCGUCAAAUGGACGAGCACACCGUCACGGUCCACGAAUCGGUGCCUUCCUGGAAGGAGAUCAAAGGCCACUUGACGGACCUCACGUCUAACCUCUCCGUGACUCUGUUAGCCAAUGAGAGUGUUCCUCACAGAGAUCUCCAGGAUCAUAAGCCAAGCACGGAUGCCGAGGAAGAGUCGAUUCCCAGUGAUCCCAAUGCCCACGGAUUUUCGUCAGAAGUGCUUUAAGUAUGUAUUUAGGGAAAAAAGUAUUUAUCAAAACCCUAUUUAUAUUUUGUUCUUAAGCCUUUUAGAGUCCUCGGUCUACGGUUCGUUUUAGCAAAAUGGGGGGAAAAAUAUGAAGGCUGUGGCUUGAUGAGAUCUUUUGCUCAUCGUACUUGGUGGCCUGGAACAGAGGGGAAAAAAGACACGAGGUUUGCCGCAUUAAGCUUUUGAGAACUAAGCGAUCGAAUUAGGAUGGCUGCAGAGAGAAGACGAAACAGGGUCCCUUUAAAAAAAAAACGUACUCAACUUGUUCGGUGAUGGCUCAGUCCGCUUCCAGCUUGGGAAUUUCAUGACCGUUAAGGGAUGAUACUCCACCAAAUCCAGUAUUUUUAUUAUUGUAUCUUUUGAGUCCUAUUCCGACAAAUCAAGCAACCAAAUUGCUCGUCUUGAAAACCACGGGCGAAGCCGUUUUCAAUGGCGUCGGUCGAUUUGGCUUCCAAGUAAAUAAUCUCCCAGUAAAAUGUUCUGAUGGAUGCUGUUUGCACAUUUGUGUUGUUUGUCUUUGCAAAAAUCUGCAGGACAGAGUUGUGGGUGAGUUGUGGAGCCUCUUAUAUAUAUACAGUAUGUAUAUAUAUAUAUAUAUCUGGAUUCUUCUGUGGAUGAUAAAGCGUCUGGGUCAGUUUUUAUGUUUGAUCUUACUAAGGUGACUUGUUAAGUUUUGGUGUCCUGCAAAAUGUGUUGUGGAUACGGGCCCGAGGAAGCUAAAACCGAAGCUUUUUAGACAUUUAAUUCAUUCACUUAUUAUCUUUCAAUUUUAUUCUGCCUAUAAAAUCCUAGUUUCUUAGCUUUAAUUCCAUGCCUCUCCCUCCUGGCUUCCUCCUGAGACGUAACCAGAAUUCAUGUCCUGUGGGUAUUUUUGUUUUUGUUUUGCAAAUGCAUCCAUGUAUAAUUAAUCAGUUGAAACAAUAGGUUUUUUUAAUUGUUUCUUAACAACUGACAGCACCUUUUUGUGCUCUGGGUAGAAACACCCUGGUUCAAAUUGCACUGUAGGAUAUGCUAGGAAGUAAAAGGAAGCGUGAACGGAAGACACAAAUGUAGGAGGUAUUGUGAUCUUGGCUGGAAGUUAUGGAUGCUUGAGGUGAGAUCAGGUGAGGGGAGUCCUGUCCAAGAUCUUAGCAGAUACAAUUGUGAAAUUGUGCCAUUAUGAGUCCCAUCCCAUCCUGUCUUCAUGCACAUCACAUUUACAUGAGCAUACCAGACUGCCCCUAAAAUGUGUCCUUGGUCACCUAACCCUAGUCUAUUUUAUGAAACUGAUUGAGGACUUCGGAUCUUUAAUGAGCUGUAUCCUAACUGAAGAUGGAUCACAGCACUUAAUUGUCAUAGUAGGAAGUCUCACAGGAAGAAAACGAGAAGGAAAAUGAUGUUUGGAGAACAAAGAGGCAAACCAUUAAAGGAAAACUGGUUCGCAUGGCUAAACCUAAGUCUAAAGUUUAGAUAACUUCACCAAUUGUUAAACUCCGUUAAACAUGAUGAAGGAAAUUUUGAAGCAGGACUUAACAGAUGGACACACACUCUAUAAAUUAGAUUUCUGUUUCAACAGUCUGACCAAAGAAAGCUCCCAACUGUGAGUGGUGUGGAUUGAUUGAAUGUGGAAGGAUUAUCUCCCCCCCCCCCCAGUAUUUGUAGAAAUGUCACUCUGAUUUUCCUGUUAAAGCCAAGACAUUUUUUUUCUCUCUACCUAUUCUGUAUUUCUUUUCAGAACAGACUUUAGAUGGACAUUUUGCUUGCUCAGCUCUUCUUUUCCAACCUGAGUUUCAAUAUUUUUAAUAUUCUGAAACUUCUGUGAGGCAUUUUUACAUGUUUUAUUUUCAUCUAAUAAAUGAAGGAAAGGUGGUUUUUAAAUGUAAAGCUUUCUAAAUUUUGAGGGUCUUAUCAAAGAGAUAAGUACACUCAGAUAUGCUUAUCUCUUUGAUGAGACUAAUCCAGAAUUAUCAAGAAACAAUUUUGAAGGCUUUAUGGGUCAAUCUAGACAGGUGGUAACUUUUAUUAUAAAGUUGGUUUUAUACAGUAAAAUAGCAAUGGUAUUUUUUUUUGCUGCUCAUAUCUGUGAAGCUUAUGUAUCUGCUAAUGUAAGAAAUACUUGUAGUAUUUAAACACCAAAGCUAAUAUAUAAUGAGUAUAUGUGUAUGAUCACUUCCAAUCUUUGCUGCUCUACUUAGUUCUUUGCAUUUCACAAUUUUUGAUUUACCCAUGAAGAUUUUUCUGAGCAUCCUGUCAACAGUCACAGCUGAAUGCAAUAUAUGUAUUACAAAAUCAGAUUUUUUAAAAAAAAAACCCUCCUUCAACCAUUUACAGGAGGUGAAGGGACAACAACAGGGAGAAAAACCCCAUUGUUGUAUUUUUACUAAAUGAAAAAUCCAUUUCUCCUGCUUCCCUUUUUUCAGACCAUCUUAUUUAGAUUUCUCUGUGACUUGUCAUUUUGGCUGGGAAGGAAGUGGGUGGUGUUAAGUCUGGGAAUCCCUGACUCAGCAAAUUUCCGGGGGGGGGGGAGGGGAAAUAUUUACUGUCAUUCUCUCUUUUUAAAUGUGCUGUCAUUUAAUUCAUACUUCAAGAAACUAGGAUUGUGGAGGGAUCUCCAUCUACGCUUUCCAACUAGCCAAGAUCUAUAAACCAUUCAGAAAGUUCCCUUUGUUUUUUGAAAUAUUCAAAAUGAAUAAUAGAGCCUUUAUGGUUCUAUUAUUCUGCAUUUGUAAAAAAAUAUCUUUUUUAUUCAUCUCUGGAAGCUAGAUGUGAUGGUUUUCAGUGUUUUUCUAUAUGUUAGCAGACGAUGGUUCCGAAGGCUUAAAUCUGUCAAUUGUUCACAGCAAUUUUCUACAGUGCAACAAUAUGGUGAAUAUUAAUUCACUUUACGGUCUUCCAGGUUAUUUGGAGACUUACGCAUUCUGUGAACUUUUUCCGUGUGCAUCGUCUGUUUCAUUUUCCAAUCUGGCAAUGCUUGUUUCGUUCUACCAGGAAAAAAAAUCUGCUUGAAUGAAAAAUACUUCUCUAUAUCAAAAUUGUAAUUUUUAUUUUUUGGGGUGAGCAGCUGCACGAAGUGAAAAGGGAGCGCUGAUGCUAGAAAUCAUCUAAUCAAACCAAAUUACGUCACUGGCUUUUCAAGUGACAGAUACAUAAUAAAAGUAGAAAGUUGCCUUAAU